ACUCACUUUACACUCUUCCUGGCCUUAGCAGUGAUGAUUGUGGAAAUAGCCGUCAUUUUCCUCCCCACUCUCAGCUAUGCCAUGCAAAUGUGUGAUCAGCCUAGCGGCACUCUAUACACAGGCACAUACACUGAUGGAUCUGGGACUCAUAUCACAUCUGAUCGAGUUACACAUCCCUAUAAGUUUCCCAAGAUAAGGAAAUGCUGGUAUGAUUACUACGUUGUGAACGCAAGCCUCGUCAAUGCACCUUGGAGAAAAUCAACUGGAGACAUUUAUUGCACAGGCACAUACACAUGCACUGUGAGCGCUCUGAAUGGCACCGAGUUCUACCAAAUCCGGACGAGUGGUAUCAGCAUCAACGUCGGUCUCAAGUCACCCGAUGUUACUGUCUCAGCGGGCGAUGGACGCGAAGCAGAAGUUGGUCUUUUUUACACGGUUCAAUUGAGUACAACCGGAUGUUAUUCAGCAACGUACGAAAACCAAUGUCAGUGGAACGACGGACAGUGCCACAAUGUGUGGACAUCACAGCAGAUCUUGAAGCAGGUUGGAUAUGAAAGACAAGUAUGCAAUUGGAGCAAUGGUGGAGUUACCGAGUGUAUGGCGGACAUUGAAAUUGACACUCCAACCACUUACGUGAACUACGAGUGCGGAGCUGAAUGU